CGCCAAAGCUUAUAAUUAUGUUCCUUCUCGGCUCAUACAUGCAUCCGCGUUAGUCCCAGUAUUUAUGCUUCUUAAUUAAUUUGGACUCAAAUGGAAACUGGGUGGUACUACUCUUCCGAGGGCAGUGACAUGGACUUCUCCCAGACACUCUCUGAUGGCUACUGGGGAUCCUUCUGCAGUAUUGAUAAUGGUGCUUUUUCUAGAUUAACAUUGCACUGCAACGAGAAUGGUGGUGCAAAUUCCAUGAAUUUAGGCGCAGAUCAAGAACAAAUGCAGCUUUAUCAGAUGAACAUGCAAACGGACAAUAAACAACUUGCAGAAGAAGAAGAAGCAGCAACAGCAACAGCAGCAGCAGCAGACGAAGACUUAGUCUACGAGAAGAGAAAGCCCUCAUCAUCCUCAUCAUCCAAGAAAUCAUCCUUCUAUUUCCCAACUCCCUCUUUCGAUCUCGAUCCGUCGAAGGCGAAGCUCAUCACUCCCACUCCACACAGCAGCAUCACCGCCAUGAGAUCUCACAACCAAAACCUCAAUCCUAAAUUCCCAACUCUGGAGAGAGAUGGCGAUGCCGACGACGUCGCGAUCAUGAGGGCGAUGGUCGUCGUCAUCUCCUCGACUUCCUCGUCCUCGUCUCCGUCCUCCCCCUCGGUCUUGUCCAACCCGCCAUCGCAGGACUACUUCCCAACCACGCAAUCGCAGCGACGAGGAAACGGCAAAAUUGGAGCCUUUAAACGUUACAGUAGAUCAGAUCUCACCGCGAAAUCGGAAGCUGAGGAUAAUUGUAAUUAUGGUCAGAGCAUGAUGAAGAGGUCUAUCCUUAUGCUGAGGAGGUUGAGCUCCUUCGAGGGCCGAUCGCGGGAGUCGAAAUCGACCAGUAACCAGUUGCACCAUGUGAUAUCGGAGCGGCGAAGGAGAGAGAAGCUAAAUGCAAGCUUUGAGGCGCUAAGGAUGCAGCUUCCUCCAGGAACUAAGAAGGACAAAACUUCGGUGCUCAUCAACACAAAGAACUAUGUAAACACGCUUCGAUCGCAAAUCUCCGAGCUCAAAGAAAAGAAUCGAAGAUUAGAGACGUGUCUUAUGAUCACAGAUGAGGGUAAAGAAGCUAGUCAUGGAUUAAAUGGAAGGGCUCAAGUUCGACUGAUCAAGUGCUCGUCUCCGACGACGUCGGAACUGCAACAAAUUAACCUGACAAUAACACUCAGGGUGGAGUGUGAUAUCAUUGAGCUGGUUCUCCACAUUCUUGAAUGCCUCAAAGUGAUUAGAUCUAUCAACUUGAUAUCAGUGGAUGCGUACACUUAUUCUCCUCAGAUGAAUUUAUUCGCGAAAGCGAGCAUAAAGUUUGGGAUUAAGGACUGUGACUGGGACGAGGCACUCUUCCACGAGGCGAUGACCAGGGCUGUUGAUGACGUCAUACUUAACACCGCCACCCCCAUUAUCUCAGAACUCAGCCGCCUCUUCUGAUCGCCGCCCCAUCCGUUUUGCUGAUUGUUUUGCUAAUUAUUUACGUAUAUAUAUAUACAUGGAAUGCUUCAAAAGGUGGGUUAAAGAGGGCUCGCUCUGUAUGUACAGUUGCGCGUACAAUUUGCUAAUUAUUUGCACGCAUUCAAAAGCAGUGGGAUGCUUCUCGGAUGUAUCAUAUUUACAUUGGAGCUAAGUUUUUGUCUAAUUAAUUAUGA